AUGCCCUUGACAUGGAAAGAAACGCGACCAGGACGGUGGGAGCGACCCCAAUCAUGCCUGGAGAAAAUCAAUCUCCUCAACCGAAACGUUGAUAAAGCACUUGAUCGCGACAACUGGGCGAAGACUGCUGUUGCUAAAGUCGAAUUCGACUCGAAACUUGAAGAUCCUGAGCACGCCUUGAAGCAAGCGUGGAAGCAGGUCCGGUACAACUACCCCGAAGUCGCAGCGUUUCCCUAUGAAGGCACCUACAUGUAUCGGAUUGGAAACCCGGAGCAGGUACAGCUAUGGGUGUCGGCGACUUUUGUCAUCGAGCGCAAUACCAGCAUCGAUGAACUCUUCGGACACCUCCCCAGGAACGAACAGAUGAUGUGCUAUUAUCUUCCAGAUACCUCAGAGAUACUCGUUCGCUCACCACAUUAUCGGCUUGAUGCCCGAGGUGCAAUCUUCAUUCUCAAUUAUCUUAUCAAAUCACUGGCCAACCCGGACCCAGUUCUCAUCUUUGGUGGCUGCGCUGGCAAUCUCUCUCCAAGUAUCGAUGACGCGCUCAAUAUUCCGUUUGAGUACAAUGCGAAGAUUGAAGAAGCAGCCGCAAAACGACUGGCCUCACUAGAGCCGCACAAUCCUCUCAUUGAGCUCACGCCUAAUGCUAAACCGAAUCGUGCGGGUGCAACUAGGCGUCGUUUCAUCAGAUUGAGCGAAGCUGAAACGAAGUCGAUCACCAAAGGAGCCAAGUCCGCAGGUAUGGAUUACACCGCUGCAAUGCACGCCGCUGUGAUUGCGGCAGUCGUCCGACUCGCACCGCCUACCGAGGUUCAAAGCUAUAUGGCUUCAUUCCACUGCGACCUUCGCUACCUGAUCCCGAAGUCAAGCAAGACUAAGGCCGCCCCGACAGUCUGCACCGACGCGAUCACCACUGAGGUCGAAGUCUCCCCUACAACAGACCUAAACUCGUAUUACAAGCAACUUGCGCCGGGAUACGCCGCCGGAUACGCACCCUACCUCGAAUCCACUGCUUGCUUCCACGAGCAACUCGCGAAAAAGAAGUACGCUGACGGUAAAGGGUAUGAAUUUACAGACGGCCAAGCACAACCUCGUCUAGGUCCGCUCGGUAUCAUCGACGACCAGCUCACUAAACAGGUCAAGGGCGUGGUGCGCGUGAAGGAUUUCUGGCUUGGAGGCGAGACUCUGACCAAACGCAAGAUGGUGCAUAACUGGAUUUGGGAGGACCAGAUGGUAUUCAGUUGCUGUUACAACGAGAAAUAUUGGGAUGAUCAGUUCGUGGAGCAUUUCCUGCAAACGAUUAAGGAUGUGCUGAUGGAGGAGGUGGCGAAGACGUCAUCAUCGAGCUUGUCAAGCAAGCUGAAGGGGAUGAUGCUCAAGUGA